AUGAUUGUGAAGGAAUAUCGAAUCCUGGUACCGUUCGAGGUGGACGACUUCCAGCGUGGCCACCUUUACAACACGGCCGAGGCGAGCAAGGCGGAGACCGGCGGUGGCGAAGGGGUUGAGGUUUUGGUCCAACGGGAAUUCGGCGCCGAUGAGGAGGUGUGCCCGGGGCGUGAGCUCGAGGGCAUCUACACUCACAAGAUCUAUCGCGUCAAGAGCAAGGUGCCGUGGCUCGUCCAGAAAAUGUUGCCCGAGGCUGCGUUCGAGCUACACGAAGAGUCAUGGAACGCCUAUCCCUACUUCAAGACUGUCAUUACGAACCCGGGCUACAUGAAGAAGAGCUUUCGGCUUGAGAUCGAAUCGAUCCACCUGCAAGAUGCUGGCGACUCGGAUAACGCGCUGAACACGAAGCAUCAGGACCGCGAGGUGGUGGAGAUCAACAUCUACGACGACCAGUACGUGAAACAAUCGGAGCUGAACGCAAAGAAUGACCCGCGCCGGGUUCGCAGCGAGAAGAUGGAGAUCGGGCCCUUGGAGGAGGAUUGGACGGAGAGCGAUGAGAUUCCCGUGAUGUGCGCCUACAAGCUGGUCAACGUGACGUUCAGCUGGCGCGGGGUGGGCGGCCGCAUUGAGCGCAUGCUGCAUAAGCACUACCCGAGCAUCUUCUCCAAAUUCCACCGCGAGGUCUACUGCAAGGCUGAUGAGUGGUGGGAUAAGUCGCUGGAGAGCAUCCGCGAGCACGAGGAGAAGACGAAGCAAGAACUGAAGGCCAUGCUCAAGACAUACCCCCACGAAUAUGUGUCACCACGGCCACCGCCGCCGGUGUCCCCGCGCCGGUCGAGGGCCAUGGCCGACAGGAUCGAGAGUGAGCUGGUGAAGCGCCGCAACAGCAUCAAGGAACGAAUGCCGAGGCCGACGCCUCCAACAAGGAUACCGGUAGACCACGAAUCGGUCGACGACGGCUACCACUGCCUGGUGAAUACCUGCUCGAUGAUCGAGCUGAAAACCCUGAUGAAUUGGUCGGAGGGCCGCCCGCAACGCCCCACUGCCGAACUGAAGCUUGUACGCCGGAAGCAGCGCGAGCUGAGAGAAUCGAUCAAGAUACAUGGCAGUUAUCGCGGAAGGUGCUUCUACCGAGAGCGGCCGCGCUUCCAGUUCUUGUCGCUGAAGGUGGGCUCGUAUCUACUACCGGCGCGGCCAGACUACCCGCUCCACGCGCAGCAAGGCCAACGCCCGAAUGGUAUCACGGUGAAUCCGGGAAAGGCCCGCUUGGAGUACGAGUUCUCGCUGAAGAUCCCGCGCGGCGAAACCUGCUACGUGGUGUGGGCCCUGUGGUUCCAUGAGAUUGUCGCAAUGACCGACCACCGUAAUCUGUUCUACAUUUGGAGUAGAAAACCGCACACGCAGCUAUGCGCUUUCGUCGGCCGCCAGCCGUCGCCAAAGCACGACUUCACGUCUACAACCGGAGACAAGGAGCUGCAUUGCCUGGCAUUUGCAUCGGAAGAGCAGGGAGCGGCAUUCCGUGACACUCUGCUUCGCUACGACCCGGUCCAUUUCACCAACCGCUUCAAGCAGUUCGAAGACUUUUUCAAGGAAUACUAUCUGCACAAGGACCAUGAAAAAGCCAACCAGGAUAUGGCAAUUGCCAUGGCCGCCAAUACGCUGCCCCACAUCCCGCACUACGGAUUUGUGGCUCUUCCCGGGCCCACCGUCGGUUACGCCAUUCCAACCCCUGAACACCCGACCCAACUGCAACAGGAGCCAAUCGCUUCCUUCUACGCCCAGAGCCAAUACAACAUGCAGCCUGCGGGCCCGUCGACCGGCUUCUACACGCCCACCUCGGCCAAUGCCACGUUUUCUAUCCCGAAUCUGUUCUCGGGCCCAGGGAAUCAGACCGGGCUGACCCCUCUGCAGCCCCUCGAGGAUCGCUUCGUGAUGGACACGCCGAACUCGCGUUUGGAAUUCCGCGAAUCCGACUAUCUCCCCGGGGCCAUGAUCUCGCAGGACAGCAUGGGCAGGGACAGUGAAUAUCUUUUCGGGGGUAUCACGACGAGCGCCUAUGCACGGCCGUAUCCGGGCGGUCAGGACACUGAAGUCAACGCUUUCCGACCGUCGAAUCGCCACUUCUCGGAUCUGGACUCAUUGCCUCUCGCCGACAUUCGGGACGAUGAGCCG